UUCUAUUUAGAAAUGGCAUUUAAUCAUUUUUUUGGGAUAUAUGAAUACAUUAUUAUCCCUAUAUAUCUGUUAACUCCUGGUUUUUGGGUAUUUGGGGCUUUUUAUCGGGCUCUCAGGCCAAGCUUCGACUAGAAUACUAAGCGAGAGCCUGGCCUGACCACCCGACUUUCUUGCUAGGGCAGUCCGACCGGGCGGUCCAUGCAUAGACCUAGCCCCAUCCAUGAGAUAAAAAAUAAGGGUUAAUUUGAUAACACCUCAAAAUCAAAAAAUGCCACUGCAAAAAUAGGCUUGAAAAAAUGCUGCUCUAAUUUUUUGGAUACUAAUAUAGAGAUAUUUUAACACUUUCAGCGUAGUAAAUACAUGUCAAAACAGUUAAUGUAUGUGUGCCCGUCGAACCAACCCAAGCUUGUGAAACAAUUGGUAUUUCAAUUAAUGAAGUGAAGCUGCUUGCUUCACGUAGAGAUUAAUUAAGGAUGUGCUGGACUACAAUAACCCCGUUUGCUCAAUCCUCUUCUGGCUAUUUUUAGUACUGUAUUUGCUUAGCGCUUAUUGCCCACUUUUGUAUCUGAUUUUAUAUGGUAGGUUAUGAGAUACUCAUAGUGCAACAUUGUUCAUGAACCGAAAAUCGGUCCAGUGUUGUUAUAUGGGAUGGUAGUUUCCCCAAAAAAAUCUCGAACUCCUGAGGAUAGGUUGGGCGAAGGAAGUUUUAAAACCCAUGUGCGGCGCUUUCAAUUUAUAUUCAGUGUAAAAAAAGUUCAAGAACGGUGAAAAUCUUGAUAUCAAAAUAGGCGCAUACGUCUGUUUCUUAAACACAGGGAAAGACAAAGCCAAACACCCCAUGAGUAUAGAUUUCACGGAAUUAUAGAUAUCAAAAUAGGCGUAUACGUCUGUUUCUUAAAAAAAAAAAGAGCUGCUUUUGCUAAAGAAAUCAAAAAGGAAAUAAAACGCGGUGCUGUUUGGGACGGAAGAAGUUAAGACGCUCGCUCGCUGUGAAAAAAGAAGUUGGGAUAAAUCGGCAUGCCAACGAACGAGGUUGACGUCCCGGCGGUUGCCAGCCGCAAGCGAAGUGCUACCGCGAGAGCGAGCUGCGCACUUUGUCAGCCGGGCUCCCGCGUGGAACCUUCUGCGUUUGCCUUUGCCUAAGUGUGCGACGCCAUCGCCCCAAUCGCGUACCGCGUUGCCGCGAGUAGGCCCAUCACUACCUCGUGCUCAUUCCGACUCGCGCCCCCGGCCGAGCUCACAAUAAACGAGAAAAAAAUAAUUCGUCCCGGCUUUGACCGUCUCGCCUCUUUUAGCCCUCUCCGCCUCUCUCUCAGACCGUACGGGUCCAUUUGACCACGUGACCCAAAUCCGCCACUUGGGCCCCCCUCCUCCCCCGCCGCGGCUAUAUAACCGCGUCCGGACAUUUUCCCGACAAACACUUCACCUUCACCAAGCAAGCACACACACAGCGCCCAGCAGCGACUCAUCGACGCAGAGCAGAGGAGCGAAGGAGGCCGGCCGGCGGGAUCGACGCAAAUGCAGAUGGACUCCUACUACUUCCACGACGACGCCCACCUCUUCGCCGGCUGCGGCGUCCCCGGCUCGCCGGACCUGCCCUUCGCCGACCUCAUUGCGUCGCUCUCGGAGCCGCUGCCUGCGGUGGUAGAGAGCCAGAGCGCGUUCCGGGAGUACCGCGGCGUCGGCCUGGAGCUUCCGGGGACGGCCCGGGGAGGAACCGGGAACGGGAUCAACAUCCACCGGAGGAUGAUGGGCGUGCUGGGCAGGAUGGGGCCGGCCGCUGAGGAGGAGGAGCGGCCGCAGCACCAGCAGCAGCAGGCGGCCGGCGCCGUCGAGAGCAGCCGCGGGUUCCGGCACAUGAUGCGCGAGCGCCAGCGCCGCGAGAAGCUCAGCCAGAGCUACGCCGACCUCUACGCCAUGGUCUCCUCCCGCUCCAAGGACAAGAACUCGAUCGUGCAGUCCGCGGCCGUCUACAUCCACGAGCUCAAGGUCGCCAAGGAGCAGCUCCAGAGGAGGAACGACGAGCUCAAGGCCAAGAUCCUGGGGCACGACGAGCAGCAGCAGUGCGUCAAGGUCCAGUUCGAGGUGGACGAGCCCUCGUCCUCCGUCGACUCCAUGAUCGGGGCCCUCACGCGCCUCAAGAGCAUGAAUGUCAAGACCAGGGGGAUCCACUCCAUCUUGUCCGGCCAGCGGUUGACGACGGAGAUGAAUGUCGAAACCACGAUUGCGGCCUGCGAGGUAGAAAAGGCAGUGGAGGAGGCUCUCCAGGAAGUAGAGAGGAAUCAGCUGCCUGACAGCGAGGCCCCGUUUCCCGGAAGCAGGAGCGCCUGGCCUCAAACAUCACACGUGCAAAAUGUGUUCUGAGAGGUUUCUAACCACAAGAGUCAUGAGACCCAUCUGUUCAUUGUUUUUUCUCCUCUCUUUUUUUCUUGUUCUUCUGAUGAUGGAGCAAAUGAAUACCUCCACCAGCUUAUUGUGCUCUCGACCCUCGUGUCUUGGUCCUGGUGGUCUUUUUUAGAGGCUGUGAAGAUGUAAGUAGCUCCUCAGAUGUGUAGCUAGUGAGGUCAACUUGGAAUCAAAUGGGUUGGAGAAAUUAAAUUUGAAGGGGGUCUACUCGCACUGUUUGGCCUGGCGCUUACGUGUGGCCGUAGCAAGGAAGAGAAAAGGAUCUGACAAGUUGAGAAGGAUUGUCAAACGUUUGGAAGAAGAGGGACCAGCAAGCCUUGGCUGCUGAGACUGUAAAUUUGCAACCACCCAAUGUUCGAAAUCGAGUAUAUAUUUUUCCUCUAAA